GGCUGCCUGCGUGCUGGCUCGUGUUGGCGUGUGUGACAUUGACGUCGGGGGCGGAGCGUCCUCGGGCCUCCCAGUCCUAACCAACCCGAGCGCCGAUAGCCGUUGUCGCAUUCCGCCGCGACUUGUCUUCAGUGCGCUUGGUUCGUUCGAACGUGCUCUUGUCUUCUUGUUGUUUGUUGAUUGGUGGUGUGUGUACGUUUUGUAGUUGCUCUUCGCGCUGUGCAGACAGGCAACGACGAGUCAGGCAGCUCACUCGCACUUGUUCGUUUCUCACGUACCGUUGCGUGCGCGCUUAAUGCAUCUCCGCCGUCGGACCCCGUGCAUGUGUGUUACGUCCGUACGCAACGAUAAGACGAAGAAAAGCAGUCUUCCUCGUCUUCUCGCGUUUCAACAGGUCGAGGGAGGACAGCCUCGCGAUGCCUUGGGCAUGUUUUUCCCACAUUCAGACAGAAUAGUGGCAUGAGUCGAUUAAUCUAUGGCAGAUCAACAAGAUCAGUUGUCAUCAGGGGGGUCUGUAGAGAAGGCCAGUGCUUCAGCAGACACCUCUAAACCUAGGGGGAAAAGCUCCAGUGGCUACAGAAAACGACAAAGUGCUGCAAUCUUAGAUACAGUGGAAGAGAAAAGACGUAGACAGACUACUACUAACGACUUCAACUCUCAAAUUGAUAGUACAGCUCACGCACACACAAACAAUUCUUCCAGAGGUGAAGGCAGACUCAGAGGUGAAAAUAGUAAUCAUGGAGCUGGCUUAGACUCUUAUCCAGAUACUGACUGGAGAUUACAUCAUAAGAUUCAUCAAGCCAACUAUAACAGCAAUAGUAGCAGUACAAGAGUGCGUAGUGCAGCGAGGACACAUUUACCAGAAUUACCAUUAACAGCUACUGAUUGUGUGGCAUCGCGGACGCGUUCUCGUACACCUCAAAAUCCACAAGCAUUAACACAAGGAACUAGCAGUUACGAUCUGUCACUUCCUAGUGGAUACAAUAGUCGAAAGGCAAACACAUACCACAACCUGGUAGCUUCAUCGAGCACAUCGUCAAUCACUAGUCAUCCAUCCACAUCAAGAGGGAGAGGAGGCCAGAGGAUGAGCGAAUGUCUGGAAGGAUUUGUGUCUGCUGUCAAAGCACUUUUUCCAAUAUCAACACAAACCUACCAUCAAGAAGAUUCAAAAUCACACGGUGGUGCAACCUGUAGCACAAGCAGUAGUACGAGUAGUCAAGUCCUGGGUGUAAAGUCAAGCAUCAGAGUGGGUAACGCAGCAAGUAACUCUGUGGAGAGUGGUGGGGGGGCGUUGGCACAUGACGGGGCAGGCACAAGUGGCAUCGCAACGGCCACUGUCAGUCCACCUGUGUCUGCCACCGCUUCUGCCAACCCUGCACACCCUCAUUCUACACACAAGCACCUGCUACGCACCCGUGCAAAAGCUUCCGGCGAACAAUCUAAGGAACUGCCAGCGAGUAACAAGACUUCGGGAAAGCAUCAUAAGAAAGAUUCUACAACGGGUUCCUGCUCGAGUUCCAGACAUCGUUCCUCAUCGCGACUGAGGAAGCCGGUUGAGAGCGGUUCUGGUGGAUUGAGCAGUGUGCUAAUGUCAGGGAAUGAUUCCAUCAGCGCCACAUCGGUAUCAUCCGUUCCUAGCAGUCAAUUAGUCUCAACUACAGGUGAGGAGGAGUCGGCAUCAACUGCUACAUCCGCCACAGCUAGUGGAGGACCAUCUGGAUUGUCAGGUACGACUGGUGAUAGCGAAAGUGACGAUGGUGAAGUCGGUCGAUUACAAGCUUUGUUAGAGGCUAGAGGUUUACCACCACAUGUGUUUGGUGCUCUAGGAUCUAGAAUGCAACAUUUGCUUAACAGAAGCAUGGGCGCGAGUUCUGCUGCUAAGGCACAACAGUUAUUAGCCGGUUUACAAGCUGUUGACGAUGAAGGAGAGCAACUACAAGCUGUUAUGAACAUGGGAGAGAUUCUUGUAAUGGGUAAUGAGGAUACUUUAACAGGCUUUCCUGUCAAACAAGUUGUAGCGGCUUUAAUCAAUUUGUUGGGAAUCGAGCAUAACUUCGCGAUAAUGACCCACGCAUGUCGAGCUCUCACGUAUAUGAUGGAAGCAUUGCCACGGUCGUCUACCGUUGUUGUGGACGCGGUGCCAGUAUUUUUACAGAAACUCGAAUCAAUCGAAUGUAUGGAUGUAGCUGAGCAAUGUUUAACAGCAUUGGCCAUGCUGUCACGCAGGCACAGCAAGACAAUUUUACAAGCAGGUGGAGUAUCGGCUUGUUUAAAGUUUGUUGACUUCUUCAACAUAACGGCGCAACGAGCAGCUUUGACGAUCACCGCAAACUGCUGUCAAAAUCUUAGUCAUGAAGAUUUUCAUUUGGUAGCCGAUAGUUUACCGUUAUUAACGAGUAGAUUGACGAACCAGGAUAAGAAAAGUGUCGAAUGUGUAUGUCAAGCAUUCAGUCGAUUAGUUGACAGUUUCCAACAGGAUCCUGUGAUGCUACAUAAGAUCAUCAAUGCUGAACUUCUACAAAAUUUGCAGCAACUGCUUAUGAUGACACCUCCAGUCAAUAGCACUUCGAAUUUUAUAACCGUACUACGAAUGCUCUCUGUGAUCUCGAAUCGCUGUCCCGAUCUGGCACAGUUGUUAUUGCAACAAAAUAUAGCUUUCACGUUGAGUUACUUGUUGACCGGAUCCCUGGAGGUCAAGACCGAAGAUGUGGAAUUGGUGCCGCGUUCACCGCAGGAAUGGUUUGAAAUUACGUGUUUAAUUGAAGAGCUCAUGCCUCCAUUGCCAACAGACGGGAUAUUCAGUGUAAAUAGUUUACUCGAACGGACUAGCAAUCAACAGGAAACUGUCCAGUGGGAAUGGCGCGAUGAAAGGCAGUGUGCGCAUCCGUUCAGUACUAUAGAUUCUAGGAUUAUUGAGAUGGCGUUUCAAAAUGGUGAGGAUGAAAUUUGUCUUUCCUCUUUAGGGCGAACUUAUACUAUAGAUCUGACAAUGAUGAAGCAAAUUAACGAAGAUGGUGGAAUGGCAAGAAGUAUAUUUCGUAGAAUAAACAUCAAUUCUCCCGAGGGGAAGAGUCCUACUUGCUCAUCUAGUAUGGAUGUCGUACCUCCGGUAAUCGAAACAAACGAAUGGCUAGUGUCUUUCAUUCGAACAUUAUUCUCUGUAUUAUAUGAAGUUUAUAGUAGUUCAGCUGGUCCUGCUGUAAAAUGCAAGUGUCUCCGAGCUCUUCUUCGUAUGGUGUAUUAUGCUUCAACCGAUUUACUUAAGGAUGUUCUAAAAAAUCAAGUGGUUUCAUCGCAUAUAGCUGGUAUGUUAGCGUCGCAAGAUUUACGUAUAGUUAUCGGGGCUCUUCAAAUGGCGAGUAUCUUGAUGAAGAGAUUGCCUCAAGUGUUUGGGGUACAUUUUCAUCGCGAGGGUGUGCUGCAUCAAGUUCGUCAGUUAGCAGAUCCCGAAGUACCUCUUGGUGUUUCACCACCUAAGUGCCCUUCUGGUACAUCAUUACCAAGCCCACAGCCAGGUCCGUCUAAUACACCACUUUCUUCCACCGCAAUGUUGUCUUCUAGUAGUGCCACGUCUCCGGUUGUUUCUCCAUCUUCAAAUGGCAACAUAUUGUUCGGUACUAUUCCGUCGUCAUGCCAGUAUAAACCAAACAUCAGUGCUUCGUUAGAACACAGAACGGAGUUGAACAAUAGCGUAGAAGAAUCGAGUACACCGCAAAGUGCUCAUUUAAUCGGUGACGUGCUGAAGAGAAAACGGCAGAACAAAAAAGGUCGUUUCUCGAGACUGGGAGGUGCAACCACGCCGCAACAAGCGCAACCGGAGUCUCUCUUUACCGGUUUCACUCCGAAGAACAAUCGAUUUUUGGGGAAUCUCAAUCCGGCCAAAUGGGGCCGCAAGUCAUCAUCGUCCAGCACUAGUAGUGACAAGAGAGACUCGAGCUCGUCCACCAACUUAUCGAAACCACCGAGUAAUCCUAGUUUAACUGGCGGAAAUCGAGAUAAGGCAAAAGCGUGGGUGCGCGAGCAAGCGGCCCAAUUCCUGGCGAGAUAUCAGGACGAUGCUCCUUGUUCUCAUCCUGCUUUGACUGUCCUUGCUCGACUGACUGCUGCUAUUCAACGAUUACAAUCAAAUGAACUGGACGAAAUGUUGUCAGCGCUAACAGAAUUACGAGAUAUAGUUCUUGAGAGCGACAUAUCGCCCUUCGAAAUGAAUUACAGUGGUCUUAUCAAGGCUUUGCUGAACUACCUCACUACUACAGAUGCACCAGGCAAUCGUUACGAUCGCCUCCGUAUGUUUUGGAAGUUGUUUGCCGAGUCCACUAUGCAACAGAACUAUGAUAUUGUGGAUCUUAAUCCCGGAGCGUUCGGUGCUCUGGUAGCAAAGUUGAAUAGUUGCGUUGCACAGCUAGAACAAUUUCCGGUGAAGGUUCAUGAUUUACCCGCGGGUUCUGGUGCUGGUCGCGGCGGUACCAGUGCUCUAAAAUUCUUCAAUACACAUCAACUUAAGUGUAAUCUUCAACGGCAUCCGGACUGUAAUAAUUUGAAACAAUGGAAAGGCGGUACUGUAAAAAUAGAUCCACUUGCGUUAGUUCAGGCAAUCGAACGGUAUUUGAUGGUACGCGGAUAUGGUAGAAUACGAGAUGCCGAUUCGAUGGUCAGCGAUGACGACAACAGCGAAGACGAUAUUGACGACACUUUGUCACUCGUUGAUUCCCUUUGCCAGGCGGCAGUUGUGAUAAGUCAAGGAUCAGCUAAACAUAAGCUUCAGUUCUUAAUUGCUGAUCAAGUUCUACCUUUUAAUAUGACAGUAUAUCAAGCUGUCAGGCAGUUUGGAUGUUCCGGAGUGGAUCACUCUGAAGCAGAGGCUGAUAGUGAACCGCCUCUUGGACACGACGCAGUAUGGGUGCAGACACACACAAUAUAUUACAGACCUGUACCAGAAGAGGAUACUGUAACUUCCCCAAAAUCAGGGUCGAGUUCACAGGGUAAUAGCAGGAAGGGAAAAGGAAAAAGUACAAAGAUUAGUUCGAAGAGGAAAGAAGACAGUUUGUGGCUAGAAGGGAUAGUUCCAUCUCAACACUGUCCUCUCGCGCCGUAUUUGUCACCCACAUUGCCACCCUCAGUGACCAUUACGGAUGCCUCUCUCGACGGGUUGUGUCUGCUGCGACUUUUGCACGCUCUCAAUCGUCACUGGGGCAUAUUGUUCCCUCAUCUGAAGAGCAUGAGUUUAUUGUCGCCUCAGGACUUUAUUAACACCAAGAUCGCUGCAAAAGCUAGCAGACAGUUGCAGGACCCAUUGGUGAUUAUGACUGGAAAUCUACCGUCUUGGUUACAACAGAUAGCGACUGUCUGUCCUUUCCUCUUCCCAUUCGAGACAAGGCAGCUACUGUUAUACGCUACGUCAUUUGACCGAGACAGAGCUUUACAACGUCUCUUAGAUUCUGCACCGGAACUUUCGGGUUCUGACAGUCAAGAGCGCGUUACGCCACGUUUAGAACGAAGGAAGAGAACUAUUUCGAGAACGGAUAUUCUUAAGCAAGCCGAGCAAGUGAUUCAAGAUCUAGCUUCCAGCAAGGCGUUGCUUGAAGUGCAAUAUGUCAACGAGGUCGGUACCGGCCUCGGCCCAACUUUAGAAUUUUACGCUCUAGUCUCUAAGGAACUUCAACGCGCUGAUUUGGACCUGUGGCACGGUAGUUCCAAUCCUGCCGAAGACGGAUACGUUAAUCCUUUACACGGGCUUUUCUCCGCGCCCAUUCCAUGGAAUACUAAAGUAUCUCAUCUAGCUAAAUUAAAAACGAAGUUUAAAUUUCUCGGAAAAUUCAUGGCGAAGGCAAUAUACGAUUCUAGAAUGUUGGACUUACCAUUUAGUUUAACCUUCUAUCGCUGGUUGUUGGGAGAGGAACAUACGUUCACUUUAGCGGAUCUGGCACACGUGUGUCCGGACGUGUAUCGUACUCUUAGCAAACUCCAAGAAGUUGUAAGAAAGAAGGAAGCUAUGGAAAAGGAUCAGACGCUGCAAUCGAACGAAAGAGCUCAGUUAAUCGAAUCGCUCGAGUUGGACUCUUGUCCAAUUGCUGAUUUGGGCCUUGUGUUCGAGUUGCCAGGUUACGAAAAUAUCGAAUUGAGAAAGGGUGGUAGUGAGAUACCGGUUACUAUUCAUAAUCUAGAUCAGUAUAUUAAGUUGGUGGUACACUGGUUCUUAUACGAAGGAGUGUUCAGACAAAUGGAAGCUUUUCGCGAAGGGUUUGAAUCGGUAUUUCCUCCGUUGCAAUUACGAUUAUUCUUUCCGGAGGAACUUGAAGCGGUAUUCUGUGGACACGCACAAACUGGCGGACAAUGGGAUGUAAAAACUCUUGCCGAGUGCUGCAGAACCGAUCACGGUUACACAUCUGAUUCGCGCGCCAUUCGUUUCCUCUUUGAGGUCAUGUCGAAGUACAACAGCGAAGAGCAGCGACAGUUCAUUCAGUUUGUUACCGGUUCACCCCGUCUACCCGUUGGAGGUUUCAAAAGCUUAACACCACCGUUAACAAUAGUACGCAAGACCUUCGAUCCGUCUAUGAAGACAGAUGAUUUUCUACCAUCAGUAAUGACUUGCGUAAACUAUCUAAAACUGCCUGAUUACACUACUUUGGAAAUAAUGAAAGAAAAAUUGCGGAUAGCUGCGCAAGAGGGCCAACACUCGUUCCACCUCUCCUAGAAACAGAUGAAAGAGCGUCUUUACUUUUCUCUUUACUUUUGUAUUAUUCACGUCCAACAAUUAUUCGAACUUACUUGACAUCUACGUGAAAUUUGUAUGUGUUUUGGUAGAUGAGUACAGUAAUGACUACAGUAGGUGUUUUACCUCCCGUUUACUUUUUCGGAAAUUCUUUCCAUUUCUCUGUUUUUUUUUUUUUUUUUUAUUUCGUUAUUUCUUGAAACAAAUUUAUCGGAACAUUUUCUCUCUUUU